AUGGAAAGGAAGGUGCGCAAUCAGAACGUCGGUAUCCUAAAAGAUGCCAUCGCCAACAACGACAAAGCAGCGCAGAUGGCCCUCGAAGCAAAGAAGCAAGUUGACCAGGCCCAUGCGCAGGUGGAAAGGGUCGAGAAAGCGGAGCAGCAGUACAAACAGAAAGCCGAUGAGGCAGCGGCAGCAGAGAAGCUUGCUCAGGAUGCGAAAGCUCAUGCUGAUGCUCUGACGAGACAGCGUUCCGCAGAGCUCGCUGUUCUUCAGGAAGAAGAGCACGAACGGGCCAAAGACAAAGCAAAACUUCUGCUGGAACUCGAGAAGGUGAAGAAUUCCAGGCGUGCGGUGGCUGCCGCGCUCGCGGAGGCCCACAAAGCCACGCAGGUCGCCGCGGAGGAGGUGUCCGACGCCGGGGCGAAGAAGAAGCAGGCCGCUGCCGAGAUGCAGAAAGCAAAGAACCUGAUGGAGGUGGCGCAGCACAUGCAUGAUGUCGCUGAGCGGGCCAUGGUCGUGGCCGCCCAUGUUCUCCCAAACCCGGGCGCCGGCACGGGGCAGUCGAAGGCGCAACCGCAGCCGACACCGCAACAGCCUGCACAGGUGCCUCCGGAUCCCUACUCACAAAGCGGCUGGCACGGAGACGAAGCUGAGAGAGCGAUGGAG